AUGUCAGUGUUAACAUUAGAAACAUUACCAUUCGAAUUAUAUUUUCAUAUAUUUCAAUAUUUAUUACCACACGAAAUACUACAAACAUUUUUAAAUAUAAAUUCACAUUUUAAUUCAGUUAUUAAUCUCUGUUGUUGUAAACGUAUUAGUGUUGUUGAUGUUUCAAAAGUAUAUUUUCAAUAUUAUUAUCGUCAUAUUAUUCUAAAACUUAAAAAAGAGAAUAUUAUUGCAUUACACUUAUCUUAUAGUGCUUCUGCUGAUGAAUUGGAUUAUAUGCAAUAG